CAGCAACCUCUACGGGCUUCAAACAUCCGUUCCUAGCUCCUCGAGGAAGUAUGUUGACGGAAUCGCGGUCGUCCUCGAUAAGGUUCAGCAAUAUACCGCACCCGCCGCCUCUUGAAGAGAAUGGAAAGGACGGACUGUCGCAAGGCACACCCGCCCAGAGAUACCCUAGUCCGAUAUCCGGAUCCAUGUUCUUGCCACCAAAGGUCGCAGUCAGUCCACCAACCCCCUUGCCCCCUUCUGGCUCUUCUUCAAUUCCUGCUGCACCUGUUCCAGCUAUUUCGCUCAGGACGCCAUCAGGACCGCUAGUUGCAGGUGGAUCCUUUUUUGCCCGACCUAGAUUCCGAUCGCCGUCUACUUCAACUGCGGCUUCAGGAGAUAUCAUGGAAAUCAACGACCCUGGACAUGUCGGAAGAACAGUAGUAGCCAUUGAACCCGUCCAACAGCAGCCAUUGUACUCUCUAUAUGUCCCACCGCUGCCGCAACAUCAUGCCCCCAAAUCUAUACCCCUAUCAUCUUAUAAUCAUGCCCCAACUUCGUUGCCAAUACCCGGCUCUACUUUUGUAACUGCCACAAACUCUAACGCCUCCCCCACGGCCAACGUCACAGGAAGCAACCUGUCUCACCAAAAAGAAAUCUCGCAGCUCACGAACAGCGAUGAAGAUGAUAGUCCUGAAGCCUCGAGGCAAGAUAUUGUGGAUAACGACGCACAGGAUAAUGACGGUAUUCGUCCGGCUCCUCCACCUCCACCUUCUGUGAAACCAAAGCGUGGUGGAUUGUUUGGACUAGGCAAGCUGUUCGGCCCCAAGGAUACGGAGUCGAGACGGGAACGACAGCAGGGCCAUCCAUCGUCGAGGAACCUACGCACGCUUACUUCUGAAUCAUCGUCAUCGACUACUCCCCUGCAGCCGGCUUCGACGCCAGAAUCACAGCCUCUGUCGACAUUGACAUCGGAAGCCGUUGUGUUCAACAGGACGAAACAUCCGACAAGGAUCUCGGAGGGUGAAGAGGAGGAGGAUACGGAGGAGACCAGGGCUUCGUAG